GUUCAGAUGGUUGUGCCGAAGGGCACCGGUGCAUGUUACGCAGGUACCUCCAGACGAUGUAUGGGUUAAGUGAGUGUUCACCACUCAUAUCUCCUUCUUGGACAACAGCUCUUAUGGUUGUGGGGCUGCAGAAUAUGUUGAUCUUUUUUUGAAGAAUCCUUAAUUUCGUAAGAACAAUCUUCAAGAAGGAGUGGUGGAUCGAUCUCUUUCUCGGGUAGGCCAAAUACCAGCGGAGCCAGCUUUUGUGUUGUCUUAUAACCAUUUUCCUUCCAAAAACUAGAAAGCUGAUACCUUUCCAGUGCUGGAAGAGAACGACUUGCAAUACUUGCAGCAUGAUAGUGAGCUUCGUUCACAAUCAAGUUCACUACCUUGAUUGCAAGAUUUUUGAGACAGUUUGCCAUUUUUUGUUUUUCUCUGGAAAUGUGAAUGGAGGAGAUAGGCAAAGAAGAAAUCUCGUACGCAGUAUUUAAUCACCAUCGCUGCACUCUUUCUUUUUCUUUAAUGCUCUCCACUCUUCUUCUUCUUUUUGGGGUAUCGUUGCUUCUUCAGAGAGACUUUCCCUAUCAAUGCUUGAAAGAAGACUACGGAGAAGAUGAACAGAGCUUUCAUAACUUUCUGUUUUAGGGUUUAAAUAUCUUGGACUUCGGAUCCAAACAUAAACUUUUGACGUCACCCAUCCUAGUUGCGGACCCUCUUGUUCUGGACCCGUCAGUCUUCCUUCAACGUCUCUUGCCUUUGGGGUCACUUCAAUGAUGGUCCACCAUACAUGCACAGCCUGCUAUUUAAUAUCCAUGUUCGAAAUUUUCGUUGUAAUUGUAUUAUUGUACGUGCAUGCGCAUGUGCAUCAUCUGUUACCUUGUUCCAAUUUAUAAUAGCAUUUUUUCCUAUCUCUCUAAUCGAAUUACUAAACUCUAGCUAAUACUUUAUCAUAUUAAAUAAUCAUGAUGAUUUAUUUCUGCUGAACCAUAAAUAAAGAGUAGGAAGUAUAAAGUGAAGAGCUGCUUUUUUUUUUUAUUUGUCGAAAGUAUGAACUAUAAAUUCUCAUAGAAAAUGAUGAUAUCAACAUUCCAAAUCUGGCUGGACGUUCGUGUUUUUGCAUCUUUUGUUAGCAACAUUUCAUUUAUUUAGUUAUAUUAUCAUGAAUGCUUGAUUCACUAGCUAGCUAGUGGUAGUGCUGUUAUACGUAAACAAAAUCAAUAUUGGUUGAAUAUAUAUGAAGUUUAAGAAAGUGUACAUUUUUGUACGCAAACUUAAUUAAUGUUCAUGACAUUCUGAUUUGACAGACAUAAACCAAUAUCUCGUUCGUGCAUUUUAAAUUUCACACUUGAAUAAGAGUAAAUUUUUAAUGCACGAUUUGAUAUGUUUGGUUAUAGAAUGUACAUGCGUAUCAUCGCAUGCAUUAUAAGUUUUGAGGAUUUAACCUUAUUUUCAGGUUCUCAUGGUCUAGCUGCAGAAGAGGCUAAUCUUACUUAACCUCUUGCUUCCGUAUGUUAAUGAAUCUUCAGUGAAAAAAAAAAGAGGAGAACAUUAUUCAUCUUUAAAUAUUACAGCAAAGAUAAGAGCAAAUAUCAAAAAAGAAAAUGUAUUUAGCUAGUACUGAAAUUGGCUCAUCCAUGCUCAGCCUUUCAAAUCUCACCCACUGGACUAAACAAACUUAGAGAUAUAGGCCCCAAAAAUUUAAUAUUCAUUGGAGGGGCCUAAUAGCGUGUUUAACGCUGGAUCUUAGUUGGGCUCUAAGCCCAAAAUGCCAUUUUAAAAUUAAAAAAAAUAAAAAUGUGGUAAGAGCUGGGUUCCAGAAAACCCUACGGAGGAGGCGCCUCUUGUGACUGUCUUUUCGUCUCUCUUUCUCUCUCUCUCUCCUUUCUCACAGAGAAUUCGUUCUUCUCCGACCAAAUCCAGCCAAAAUCAGCCGCGAGAGAGAUCUCUUCAUCUUCUUCGACUCGGUGGCCGUGUUUGCGGACCCGGCGAAGCAAAGCUCCCAUCAGACCACAUCGUCGAAGGUGAGCCAAAUCGGUUAGAAAGAAGUAGAGUUAGGAGCUAUUUUGUUUUCGUGUAUCUCGGAGUUGAAGAACAAAAGGUAAACUGUGUUUUUUUUCAUCGUUUAUAGGACAUGCAUGUGUGUUGAGUUGGUUAGAUUCAGUGUCGAACAUAAUGUGAUGUUUUGUGCGUUUUUGAGGUUCUCAAGUGUGAUCGCGUGAAUCAAAGAGGUAGCCACAACAAGAUUCAUCACACAGAAGAAGAUUUAGGUAAGCUUGUGGUGAAUUUGAAUUCAUAUAAGUUGAAUCUGGUUGUGAAGAGUGUUGAUGCUUUGUUGUUCCUCUUUUUAAGUUCUGAAGAGGGUUGUACUGAAUCACAGAGGGGGCCGCAGGAAGAGUCAUUCUACAGACAGAACAUCUGGUAAGCUUCUGGUCUUUUUAUUUACAUAUAGAUGUUGUUGAUGUUUGCGAGAGGUAGAUAAACAUAGAAAUAAACCUGAGUUGUUCUUUGAAUUGCUUUCCCAUGCUGAUUAAUUUUGCAUCCUGUGAAUUGUUCUUUCUUUCUUUGAUCGCUUAUUAGUUUGUUUGCUUGUUUGCUCUAUGUAUAAUCAUCAUGUUUUCAUCUUGUUAAAGCAUUCACACAUCUCCGAUUUGAUGUUUCUUUUUGCUGAUCAAUUCAAAAAUGCAAUACGUAAUUUGAAAUCUAAAUCAUAAAAAGUCCUUUAUAUUAAAGUCGUGUUUCUUGAUGUCUGUCAUUUAUGGUGUGUCCUUUGUUAGAUAGAAACAUUAAAACAUAUACAAACAUUAAAACUUCAUAUAAACAAAUCUACAACAAACAACUACUUCCUAAAACAAUUAAAAGAAAUUAAAAGCAACAUUAAAACUUCAUCUACUUUCCUCUAUUAAAGCUUCCUUUAACUUCGUUUACUUCAUAAACUUCAUCUCCGUCAUCUUUUCUCUAACUCUUCUCUGUAUGGAUUCUCAUCAAAGCCAGUCUUCUGGCUUUGUACACCUACUAAACAGUCAACUACCUAACCAUGAAUACCCAACUCCGUUUAUGAGUUCUUUACCUAGUCCAGACCUUGGAGGUUCUGCUUCACGUGCACAAAAUGGUGAGGACCGUAAGCAAAGGUGCAAGUGGUCAAUAGCUGAAAACCUGGUCCUCAUCAGUGCAUGGUUUAACACCUCCAAGGAUCCACUAGUUGGAAAUGAGCAAAGAGCAGGAACCUUUUGGAAGAGGAUUGCCGCUUAUUAUAAUGCAAGUCCCAAGGUGAUUGGUUUGGCUAAGAGAGAGCAAAGCCACUGUAAGCAAAGGUGGGGGAAGGUAAAUGAGCGUGUCUGUAAGUUCGUGGGUUCAUAUGACGCUGCAACAAAACAGAGGACCAGUGGCCAGAGUGAAGAUGAUGUUCUGAAGGCUGCACAUGAAAUUUUCUGUAACGAUUACAAGGUGAAGUUCUCGUUAGAGCAUGCCUGGACGGAGCUUAGGAAUGAUCAGAAAUGGUGUGGGGCUUAUGGAAGUAGUCAACAAAGCUCUGGUUCAAAAAGAAAGAGGGUGGGGGAAGAACAAUCUUUUCAGUCAUCAGCAUCUAUGCCCAGUGUCAAUGGAGAGGAUGAACCAAUGGCUAGGCCUAUGGGUGUUAAGGCAGCAAAGACGAAGGCUAAAAGGCCAAUGGGAGAAGAAGGGAAGAAUCUGCAAGAGUUGCGGCAAAUGUGGGAGAUAAAGGCGAAGGACUUAAUUAUGAAGGAUAAGCUUAGCAAGACCAAACUGCUUGACAGUUUGCUUGCAAAAACAGAGCCACUUAGUGAAUUAGAAGUGGCACUUAAGAACAAACUGAUUACUGAAAUGUUGUCAAUGUAAUCCUUUAAAAUAUAAGUAGAUCAGUGUUAGUCAAUUAGUAGUCUUUGUGAUAAAUGUUAUCAAUCUUGCUUAGAAAUAUACGUUGAUGUGUAAUAUAAUAAUCUUUGUGAUCAAUGUUAUCAGUCUUUUAAAUAUAAGUUGAUGGUUUUACUUUUUUGUUUUUCAGGGGAACAGAAACCAAAAUGGAAGCAAGAAAACCGAUUGUUUGUGGCCUCUCAGCAAGAGGAAUCAUACCGCCUCUCCCACAAGAAGAUACAGAUGAUGAUGUUGCGGAUAGCACACCAACUGAAGUUGAAGUGGUGGAGAUAUCAGAUGAAGAAGAAGAAGAAGAAGAUAUGGUGGAGUUGAGCUUUGAAGAAUACAUGAGAAACAUGGGGUACUUGAUUAGGGUGGAGGAAUCGGUUGAGGACAUCGAACCUGAGUUCAGAAGGAUGCUGAAAAGGAUGGAACAGGAAGAGAAGAAGCUGAGAGAGGAGAAGUUCAAGGUACUGAACUCGGGAAUCAAGCUAGAAGUAGGCCAAUCUUCUAAGGGUGAUGGUAAGAAGAGGAAGAGAAGAAGCUGAGAGAGGAAGGUCACGGACAGGCUCCUGUAUGUUGUAUUUUGGUUCUUGCAGGUCACGGAUUGUAUGACAUGCAUUUUGUAUGUUUGUGUAGUCACCAGUCACGAGACUCUUGGAUUAUUUUGUAGGCAUGCAUUUUGUAUGUUUGUGUAGUCACGAGAGUUGGUAGUCUUGUAUUAUUGGUAUGGUAGUCUUGUACUUUUGGUUCUCUUGUUCUAUAAAUUAAGAACUAAUUCUCAUUCUACAACACAACUCUUCUUCUCUCAUUCAAGAAACACAACUCGUAUUCUCUCAUUCAAGAAACACAACUCUGCUUCUCUCAUUCAAGAAACACAAACUCUUCUUCUCUCCUUUUUUAUAUUCUCAGUUUGAAUCAGUCACAUUUUUCAAAUUACGCUUGUUCUCCCUUUCUCUAUUCUCAUUUCAAACAAUUCUUGGUCCAAACGUUUAACAAAAAAAAAAAAAAUUCUCUUUCCAUAUGGCAUCUUCUUCACAAAAUCCUUUCGAGGGAUUGGAUGAUGAAAAAUUGGACGAAAAAUUUGAUCAAUAUUUUGACCAACAUUUUGAUCAAAAUUUUGAACAACAUUUUGAGCAAAGUUUCGAGAAUUUUACCAUUAAUUAUGGUAAUCAAGAAGAAGAAAGAAAAAAAGAAAAAAAUGAGCUUACAUCGAAAGAAAUCGUGAAGAAUGUGAUAUACGUUUAUGGAAUGAUUAUUUCAGUGAAACUCCAACAUACCCUGAUAAUCUAUUCCGACGACGUUUUAGGAUGAACAAGCCAUUGUUCAUGCAUAUUGUUGAUCGACUCUCCAAUGAAGUUGAAUUCUUUCGACAAAAGAAAGAUGCUCUCGGAAGGCUUAGUCUCUCUCCUCUUCAAAAGUGUACCACUGCCAUUCGUUGUUUGGCAUAUGGUACUGCGGCUGAUACGGUUGACGAAUACCUCAGACUCGGUUCAUCUACAACUCGGUCAUGUUUGGAAAAUUUUGUGGAUGGAAUAAUAUAUUUAUUCGGCGAUCAGUACCUAAGAAGACCAACACCGGCUGAUCUUCAACGUCUACUUCAUAUUGGUGAGCAUCGUGGAUUUCCCGGGAUGAUAGGAAGCAUCGAUUGUAUGCAUUGGGAGUGGAAGAAUUGUCCCACCGCUUGGAAAGGUCAAUAUUCACGGGGUUCGGGGAAACCCACAAUCGUUUUAGAGGCGGUUGCAUCGUAUGAUCUAUGGAUAUGGCAUGCAUUUUUUGGACCUCCAGGUACCUUAAAUGAUAUCAAUGUUCUUGAUCGCUCACCUGUUUUUGAUGACAUAAUAAAAGGUCAAGCUCCGCAAGUCACCUUCUCUGUCAAUGGAAGAGAGUAUCAUAUGGCUUACUAUCUCACCGACGGUAUUUAUCCGAAAUGGGCAACUUUUAUCCAAUCAAUUUCAAUACCACAAGGGCCGAAAGCAGUUUUAUUUGCGCAACAUCAAGAAGCUGUCCGAAAAGAUGUCGAGCGUGCUUUUGGAGUCUUGCAAGCUCGCUUUGCCAUUGUUAAAAAUCCAGCACUUUUUUGGGAUAAAGUCAAAAUUGGAAAGAUUAUGAGAGCAUGUAUCAUACUCCAUAACAUGAUAGUAGAAGACGAACGAGAUGGAUACACUCAAUAUGAUGUUUCAGAGUUCCAACCAGGAGAAGACACCGGAAGUUCACAUGUGGAUCUCACGUUCUCUACAGAUAUCCCUACAAAUAUCUGUAAUAUGAUGGCUGCUCGAACUAGAAUUCGUGAUAAACAAAUGCAUCAACAACUGAAAGCUGAUUUGGUUGAACAUGUAUGGCGUAAAUUCGGACGUGGUGAGGACAACAACUGAGCUCGGAUGUUUCUUUCAAAUUAUUCUCGUUUAUUUUACUAAUCUUUCUUUUGAUGUUCUUUUUAAAAAUUAAUGUUUCAAUAUGUUUAUUUUAAUAUGUUUAAUUUAAUAAAAAAAAAAUUCUCUUUAAAAAAUUUAAGUUAAAUAAUUUUUUUUCUUAAGAACCCCUAAUUAAAAACUUACCAUUGGAGCUAACAAAAUAGAUGUCUCUUAAGAUCAAACUCUUAACUAUGAUUAAUUACUAAAAAAUUAUUAAGAGACCGACUUUGGCUCUAAGGGUUAAACAUGCUCUAAGGCAAAUGCUUUUUUAAAACAUAGCUCAGGCACGGCCAUGUGUGGUAGAAUCUGUGCAUUGCUUUUAUCAAUAGACACAUGUGGUGGAUCCCUAGAUGAAAGGUUGAGGAGAAAGAAAUCACUUCAAUGAUGGUCUACCAUCGGGAGCAAUCAAUAAUUCAUCACGAGUUUUUCCACUAUCGAGAGUGCAGUAUAUAAAUUUUGAAUUAAAGUAACCUAAAUUUGAUAAUUAACUGUGAAUAUAGCAUUUUAUUCGCAAACUAUAUAUGUAUCGAUCACUUCCUUUACCUACAGUGAUACACUAGUUCAGUGUAGUGAUUGAUGCACAGUCAUCCGCUUUUUCUAGCUGAAAGCAAGCUAGUACCAAUAAUCCAAAAUGUUUGAUUUAAUUAUACCUAUUGACAGCCAUUAAUAGAAUUCAGUCUUAUAGAAAUUUCAAAUUUCUUGCACAAAAAUGAACUCAAUUCAUUUAUCAUAUAAUAGAUAUUUACUUUCUCACAAUCUCCAAUUCAAACUUUCCAUAUAUUAUUGUUAUAUAUAUAUGCUACGCGGAGUCUGACUAACAUAUUUCAAAACACAUACACAGCCUGCUAUUUAAUAUCCAUGUUCGACUAUUCCGUUGUAUAUUGUCUUAUUGUACGUGCAUGCGCAUGUGCAUCAUCUGUUACCUUGUUCCUAUUUAUAAUAUCUCUCUAAUCGAAUUACUAAACUCUAGCUAAUACUUUAUCAUAUUAAAUAUUAAUUGAUAUUAUUUCUGCUGAACCACAAAUAAAGAGUAGGAAGUAUAAAGUGAAGAGCUGUUUUUUAGUUUGUCGAAAGUAUGAGCUAUAAAUUCUCAUAGAAAAUGAUGAUAUCAACAUUCCAGAUCUUGCUGGAGGUUCCCCCACAUUCGUGUUUUUGCAUCUUUUGUUGGCAACAUAUCAUUUAUUUAGUUAUAUUAUCAUGAAUGCUUGAUUCCCUAGCUAGUUGUAGCGGUGUUUACUUAAACAAAAUCAAUAUUGGUUGAAUAUAUACGAAGUUUAAGAAAGUGUACAUUUUUGGACGCAUUAACUUAAUGUUCAUGACAUUCUGAUUAGAUCAUAAAGCAAUAACUUGUUCGUUGCAAUUUAAAUUUCACACUUGAAUAAGAGUAAAUUCUUAAUGCACAAUUUGAUAUGUUUGGUCAUAGAAUGUAGUCAAUGUAAAUGCGUAUCAUCGCAUGCAUUAUAAGUUUUGAGGAUUUAACAUUUUUGAUCCGGAAAUUUGGAUUUUCAAGAUUAUACAUAUAACUGUGAGAGAAAAGUAUCAUAACUGUCGUUAACCUUAUACCAUCUAUUCCCAAUUCAAAAAAA